AAUUAAUAUCAAUACCUAGCAUAGAAAAGCACACCAGGCUUUGCAGGCUUCCUGAGAUGACUUGUCUGCCAAGGAAACCCUCUGUCCGCCAUGGAGCCCACGCCUGUUGCAGAAGAUUCUGGGGGCACCUGCUCGGAUGUACACUCGGUUUAUAUGGGAGACUGGCCAGGCUUGUUGGGUCAAGCUGGGUCACCCAGCUUGAGCUGAAAGUGUCCUCUAAAGCGUCCUCUACUAGCCCUGACACUAGUGUUGGUAUCCCAGUGGCCUGCUUAAUAAACUUUUGUUUUACAUGGAGUUUAACAAUCAUAUUUAAAAAAAAACUCUUCAAUGCCAGCUUCACCAUCAAAACUAGUGCUGCAUUAUGAAAAAACUGGGGCCUUAGGCCAGAGGUGGGUCCAAUUAAUCUGACCCCAGCAUGCUCUUCUAUGAAAUCAUCCUGGUCAAUCUAGAUCUGUUUAGAAUCCAGCCUUGGUCAAGCCAAUCUUCGUGUCUGUCAACAGGACCAAGAACAGAUGCCCUGGUGGUUCUGCAACCUUUAUGCAGUUCUCCACUGGUCUGUGGACCACAGUUUGGGAAGCUCUGAUGCAGAAGAUGCCUUAAAUCUUUACUGUGGCUGUGUUGAAAGGCAAGAGAGGUAGGGGGGCAGCCUCUAACUCUAGCCCUGCCCAAGAUCGUGGCUGGAAGCCAUGAAUCCAAAGGCUUGUGCACACUGGCAUCCCAGCAGGAACAUUGCAGAAUGAUGGACCCUGACAGUGCACCAGAACUGCUGCCCUGGAAUUUCAGUUGACAUUAUUUGAUGCAAGUGUAAAUGUCAAGGAUGAGUGAGAAUAUCCACUGCAGAGCAGGAAUGAGUAGGCCAUGUGCAUCGGGGCAGGACUGAUGUGGAUUUAGUCUCGGAAAGUAGUAUAAUUAAAUCCUGGAACUCAUAAGUACAAAGCUGUGGAAGGUAUGGCUUUAUGGAAUGAAAGAGGUUAGGACUUCACUCAGUGAGACCCGCUUCUGAAUUAAAAAAAACUUAGAAUCAGACUUCAGGUCUUUUUGAGCUCUUCUUGGUCCUUAAGAGUACAGUUUGUAAUUCUGGAGUGACCUCACUGACAAUAUGAAUAGCAUUAAUAGUAACACUUGUAUUAUUUUAACACUGCCUUUUAAACCAUCGUGGAAGAAUUGUACUUUACAAAAUAAAGUAAAAACUAGACUUAUUGAUUUAGCUUCUUGCCAAUAUGUGUCUAGUCAAAAUAAAUCUCAUUAAGUCUAAAACUCUUUUCCAGAUAAAUGAACAUAGAAUUGCAGCCAGAGUUAAAGUCUUGUUGCUUUCAGUGGGGAAGUAUGCUUAUGCAGACAAUUUUUUGUUGAAAUAAACAGGACUUGAAAGGGCUUAAUUUUGUAUUGUGCCUGUUCCUAUCUAUUAAACAAAUAACGGUAUUAUGUAAAAAGAUAUACAAACUACCAAACUGAAGCUGGAUUACUCUGCAGAAAGAGAUUUGGAAAGUGCAUUGAAAAAUUACCCUCCAUGUGCAACCAUCUCUGCCAAAAUUUGCAGCCAGUUUUCAGAAACUAGAUUGAUCCCUGUCCUUGGAUGGUGCUACUAUGGCUGCCAUGAUAGAAUACCACCGGUGCAGUGGUGCAUCUGAAAGUGGGGACCUAUUUCACAAACAUUUUCAUCCCUUCAAGCGCACAUAAUUUUCAUAUUAUUUGUUUAUUUGCAACUCAUCCCAAUCCAGCUGGGGAUGUGCAUUCAAAUGCGUAUCUAGAUAUCCUGCUACAUCCCUCUUCCGCCUCAUCUGGUCCUGCACAGUUCUCAUUGUCAGAACCAGCACAGAAGUUUUUGCAGAACAAAGCAACUUUAGGAAAAUGGACAAUAAAGGUACUUUGUGAAUUAGCCCAGAAGCAUAGGAACUGGGGGUGAAUUCUUUCUUCUCAUCCUCUACCACCUAGCAGAUGAGGAGAUAGGCUUAGGUGCUAAAUGGCAGAAUUAGUUUGGAUUGGAUUUUAAUUUAUAUAUUGCCUUUUCGCAAUAACAAUCAUGUUCCAGGCAACCUACAAUAUGUAAAAGAUAACAGAAAUGCAUUGAAAUGCAUAUGGAUUCUUUGCAGAAGAGCGUCAGCAAAAUACACUUCAUCAUCAAAAGGCAAUAAUUAACUGAAUUUGUUUCUUUUUUUAAAAAAAACUGAAGCUCAAAACGCUGGUGCGAUAUUAAAAUCUAACCAAGCUAACUGAAAGUUAGCCCAGUAAUGAGAAUCUUCAGAAAACCAAUAACUGGGUUUGGGAAACCACCUCUCAUCCAAGUUGCCCCUUCCCCUCUCCCCAAUCUCUCUUGGGGUAAUCCGAUGCUCCUCUCACCAGGUAUGUUCUCAGGGUUAACCAGUUAGUGCUUCCUUGCCAGGACUAAAUCCAAUGUCUCCCUCAGCCUUUGCUCCAUUACAGCCAGCCUGUCUCCUUCCCUCCUGUGCAGCUCCUUCCAGGAUCAGCUUCCUUUGGAUGACUUCUGGGACUGAGGCAUGGAUAAGCUUGAAUUUUCAUUGUUGUGAGCAAUAACAUUGCGGGGGAGAAAGACAGCCCUGUUCCUUUGAAGGUGGAAUGGAUUACAGUGUCCCUGGGGCAGUUAUCAACGGAGAAGUACCUGCACAGCCUGUUGGGCAAAAGAAGAAGCAAAAAGAAGCAACAAAUGAAACAUUAGAGCGAGACCAUUGGAACAACAAGCUGGAAUAUGUGCUGUCCGUGGCUGGGGAAAUCAUUGGUUUAGGGAAUGUCUGGCGUUUCCCUUAUCUCUGUUACAAGAAUGGUGGUGGUGCCUUCUUCAUACCCUACCUCAUCUUCCUUUUCACCUGUGGGAUCCCAGUGUUCUUUCUAGAGACAGCACUUGGGCAGUAUACCAGCCAGGGAGGGGUUACUUCCUGGCGGAGGUUGUGCCCUCUGUUUGAAGGAAUUGGUUAUGCUUCCCAGGUUAUCGUUGUACUGCUUAAUUUCUAUUACAUCAUUGUCCUCGCUUGGGCCUUGUUUUACCUCUUCAGUUCGUUCACCAUAAAUCUUCCAUGGGGCAGUUGUGACCAUGAUUGGAACACAGAGAACUGUGUGGAAUUCCAGAAGGCAAAUUCUUCUCUAAACAUAACGGGGGAAAAUGCCACCUCACCUGUCAUUGAGUUCUGGGAGAGGAGAGUCCUAAAGAUUUCUGAUGGCAUAGAACAUCUGGGCACCAUCCGAUGGGAGCUGGCGCUCUGCCUCCUCCUUGCCUGGAUCAUCUGCUACUUCUGCAUCUGGAAGGGAGUCAAGUCCACUGGCAAGGUGGUGUAUUUUACUGCCACGUUUCCAUACCUCAUGCUGGUAGUUCUACUGAUCCGGGGAGUCUCCUUGCCUGGGGCAUCGAAAGGGAUCCUUUUCUACCUUUACCCAGACCUCACUCGACUCAGCGAUCCCCAGGUAUGGAUGGAUGCAGGCACUCAAAUCUUCUUCUCUUAUGCCAUUUGUCUGGGAUGCCUGACGGCUUUGGGCAGCUACAACAAGUAUCACAACAAUUGCUACAGGGAUUGCAUCGCUCUAUGUUUUCUGAACAGUGGCACAAGUUUCGUGGCUGGUUUUGCCAUCUUUUCCAUCCUGGGCUUCAUGUCCCAAGAACAAGGAGUGCCUAUUUCUGAGGUAGCUGAGUCAGGACCUGGCCUGGCAUUCAUCGCAUAUCCCCGAGCUGUUGUCAUGCUGCCUUUCUCUCCAUUAUGGGCCUGCUUCUUCUUUGUCAUGGUCGUGCUGCUGGGCUUGGACAGCCAGUUUGUCUGUGUGGAGAGCCUGGUGACUGCCAUAGUUGACAUGUAUCCUGGGAUUUUCCGGAAGAAGAACCGCCGAGAAAUGUUAAUCCUUCUGGUCUCCAUCCUCUCAUAUCUCGUAGGACUAGUCAUGAUCACAGAGGGUGGGAUGUAUGUCUUCCAGCUGUUUGACUACUACGCGGCUAGUGGGAUGUGCCUGCUCUUUGUUGCCAUUUUUGAAACCCUGUGCAUUGGCUGGGUAUAUGGUGCUGACCGUUUCUAUGAUAACAUUGCAGACAUGAUUGGCUACCGGCCCUGGUCUGUCAUCAAAUACUGCUGGUUAUUCAUCACCCCAGCUGUCUGCCUGGCAACAUUUCUCUUUUCUCUCAUUAAAUACACUCCACUGUCAUACAACAAGAAGUACGUGUACCCCUGGUGGGGGGACACCGUGGGCUGGUUGCUGGCACUCUCCUCCAUGAUUUGCAUCCCGCUCUGGAUUGUCUACAAGCUUUCCACCAUUAAGGGAUCCCUGAGAGAGAGAUUCCACCAGCUUGUCUGUCCAGAUGAAGACUUGCCCCAGAGGAUGUGUCCAGGUCACCAGCCCUUUGCUGCUGCUGCAACCGGGCUCCUCAUGUUGACGGAGUUGGAUUCUCACUGCUAGGGGGAGGCCCAACCCUCUGUGUUGGACAGUCCUGGACUUUGCCCGCGGCCAAGGAGAGAGGGACCAGACCAGAGAGCGGCUUCCCCUUCCCCCCUCCAAAGGAUCAGUGGUGGCUGCCAGGGAAAGAGAGCAGGCCCUGGUGCUUUGCCUUCUGUCUGGCAGCAGAUUUUCAGGAGAUGAUUCAAACCAAAAUGUUCCCCUACGAGCUUUUCUGGGAGUGCCACAGGAAGGACUUGCCCUGGGAUGGAAAUGCAUCCCAUGAUUGUGGAAGAGUUAACCUUGCGCGGGUUUUAGGGAGUGCCCCAUUCCAUCUAUAAAAUCGU